GCUAUACUACAAAGCUGAUCCCCGUCACAGAUCAUCUUGGCAAAACGCCAAGAACCUCGCCCGCUAUUGAAUCCACAUCCACACGAACCCCAUGCAGGUACUGGCCAAGAAAUCGAAUUGAUAUGGCACUGAAGCUGUGGGUGCUGCCGCGCCUCCGCAAGAUUCUAGCACUGGAUGACGAAGAUCUCGAGCAGAUCGUGACAUACACCAGUAACCUUCCCGAAGCCGAGCGUGCCCAGCAUCUGCAGAGCUUAUUAGGUGACUCUCCAGAGUCUCUCGAAUUCAUCGCUGCCUUCAUCCACCGUCAGUCAGACCCGCUUGCAGGACAAGUAAGCCACAAGGCCGACAGUGGAGAUGAAGACGUAAAAGCCUACAAUGGCAAGACGGCAACCGCUCCUCCUCCGCCUCCGCCGUCAUACGCAGCGUUGCCUGGGCCAUCUCAAGUAACCCAAAGCAGCUCUUCAAAUUUGCGCGGCGUCGCCCGUUACCACACCAAUGACGUGAUUGAAGCUGGCAAGCGACGAGCGAUAGAUGAGCAAGAGAUGCAGCAAAUGCUACAAAACCUCCAGUUCCGGUAUCGCAUCUAUAACAGUGAGAUCGAGCCCGAGCAUGAGGUAGACACUCUCUGCUAUUGUCCCAUCCACCAGUAUCAGCAGAGGAAAUGGAGCCGAGCCGGGGUGCAAGAGCUAUGGGCAAGGGCGGUUAUGUACCCAGGAGAGUCAUUUUACAGCGACAACCCGGUUAUCUUCGGCUUCUCUAGCAACCCCUAUCAACUCCGCGUUGGCUCCCCAUAUGGGUAUUGGCAAGCCCAAUACAGCUGGAAUCUCCAGAUUCCUAGCCCCAAGCCGGGUUAUCAUGCGAUGUGGAUACAACAAACCAUCAGGCUGAAUGCCAAGCUCAAUCGUGAAGCUCAGGCAAAGGUCGAUGCGAAAGAGCCAUAUCAAAGCAUCUGGGAGGACGAGUUGCUGCCUACUGGGAUGGAAAACUUAGCCAUAGGUGGUAAGGAGCCGCCGAACAAGGAUACUCGUGGCACUCCCUCACCCAAGGAGAAGCCAGGAGAAGCAUCCGAGAAAGGAGGUCGCCACAGGGCCCUGCAGACUGGAAAACCCGCAUCGAAAUUCUCGAGCUUCAAGAAGGCCAUUGGCAUAAAGUCAUCCGAAGAUAAAGCCAAUGCUCUCAGGGGAAAGAUUCUUGCCGAGGAACGAGGACGGUGGCCAGACGACCAAUGGCGGCAGAUCGUCGCGGGGUAUCAGGACAAGGUGGGCAUGACCAAGAAGAUUGAUGACCUCCGAGCUCGAUCUCCCAUUCAGUACCUCCAUCUCCUCAAGGCUGGGUACUUUGAGCCUAUCCCCGUGGCGUGGGCAAACCAGGCAUCUAACCCGCUGAAGUUCUCCAUCGAGGCAGCAGCGGGUUGGAGGGGUAUUACCCCGGCGUGGAGGGGCUAUGAGGAUCUUGCCGAGGAGCGACUAUACUGGGUCUUGAACCAUCGCGAAGGUAGCGUCGGCUUGAGAAUGAAGCCCGACUUCAUAUCGGAAAUGACCAUGGCCCGCGACAGGAUGGCUCGGGCGGUUGAGCCGCCGCCUUUGUACUACUCUGCAAAUGACACCUGUCACCUGCAGCAUACUUCUACUGGGUACUCCAAGCAAGUCAUGCCGCCUCCAUUUAGGCCCUUUGAUCGACCCGAGCAACCGUCGGACGAUACCAUGAUCCUCCUGGACGUUUCCGGGUCCAUGGACUUCGAUCCCGUGCGGCCCAUCUAUGACCAGUAUCUCGUUAUGGGCUACGAGCAAACCACUCAGCCCAAGAACAAAGACGUCGCCAAAUCUAUAGUGCGCCGCUUCACAGACGCAAUGGCAAACCACGACCAUCGAUCCGAUGGCUACGACUUGGUCACCUUCGCGAAUCACGCGCAGCACAUCGGUGCCAUCAAUCACAGGAACCUCGACCUAAUGUGGAGCAACGUCAGAGUCGGUGGCGGGACUCGGGUCAUGACGGGCUGGCAAAAAGUCAAGGAGCUACACUUCCGGAAACACUCACAGUCGGCGGUGCACCAUCCCAUCUACGGGUGGCAGGCCGGGCCAGACACCCCCAUUCUGCGGCUGUUGUUGCUCUUGGACGGCGAGGCGACAGACAUGGACGAGUUCGAGCUUGACUUGCUGGGCUUGUCGUGGGCCCACGUCACCAUCUUCCUCAUCGGCGCCGAGGGCUGCCCCCACCAUCACCGCCACGCCAACGAGCUCGACCGCAUCAGCUCCGUCAACCACCACGUCUCCUUUGUCGAUGCCCAGGGCAACUGCCCCGAGAGGUUCGUCACCCACGAGCUGCUCAAGCGCCACCUGGGCUACGACAUCUCCAUGACCGAGUUCGAGCAGGUCGAGGAGCUGCCGGCUUAUUCAGAGUAUGCCUGAGAAUUUGCGUGUAUAAAAUGAUGUAUGGAUGGUUUGUUGCCUGUUUUUCUUCUUCUUUUUCUUUCGUUUCUAUUUAAGCAUCAAUAGUCUGUACCUCAGUCACACAAUGCGAUUGUAUCAAUAUUACGGGGCAAAAGGAGAACUCCAAUGACGAUCCGGGAAUGGUCAACUUGGGCCGUACCUAGAGCCAAAGGAACGGCAAGCGGUGCAACCUAUUCCGGUCCUCUCCAGUUCCAAGGAAGGCAUAGUGCCUGCCAACUCCCUCCAAUCCCGAGGCAGCCACGCGCCACUGCGGCGCGGACGUGCGUCGCCGAC